UAAUCCUCACUCAGGGACAGAACUGGGAAGAGAGCCCAGAUGUUUUCAGCUCUCCUUUCCUACUGAUAUUAUGUACUGUCUCAGUAAAGCAGAUGUUUAUAGUUAGAUUCACUAAAGUAGAUAUUUAUAUAUUCAGGUUAUAUAUCAGAUUAUGAUAGAGUGAGUUGUCAGAAUUAACCUGGGAGAAGUUAAGAGCAGGUCCAGUAAAGUGGCCCAGUUUCUGGAAUGAGAUGAACUCCAGGAUGGAAGAAAGGGUCAGUGUUACAUGGGAAUGCCUAGGCAAAAUAUUCCUGCCUUCACAGCAUGGUGCACCUUUUCUUUUACACCCUGUCUGGGUCAGUUCCUGGGACUGUACAGCCACAGCUAAGAGAGCAGGUGCUGCAUGCAGAACCCUGGCAUGAGCAGACCUAAGGUUUAAGGCCAAAUGUUCUGGGCAACAGCAAGCCAGGUUGAUUGUAAUUCCUUUACACUGUAGUUCCUGUGAAGAUUAGAAGAGUUUCAUACAUCAAUGUAAGAUCUUGAACUUACUAAUCAAAUUAUCAUCGUGAGAGCAUUUCUCAGAGGACAUGAAAUUGUUAAGGAAUUGUUAAGGAGCCAGUUCCCAUCCACUUAGGAAACAAGACAACUGUGUUCUGUUAUUGCUGUGGUUUCUAGAUCAGUUUCAAGGCAAGCCCAAGCAAUAGUAUAUUUUCAUGUCCUGUUAUGAAUCACAGCAUUUUCUCAUUCAGGACAGCAAGUGUUCAACAGUUUACCAGCCUGGGAACACAAUGAAGGCCAGAGGUAAGCUUUCCUACCACAAGGGACUGAAAACAAAUCAAACAGUGAAGCCUUCAAAGAGUUUUAAGAGCCCAUUUUCUGGGUCUGCUUCACAUGAUGAUUUUUAGAUUCCUUCCAUCAGAUUUGCAGACACUGAACUUCCUUGCAAACAUUGUUUUCAUGUAGUCUGCCACCAAGGUGUUCCAACAGAUCUGGUCAAAAUGAUCAAGUGUUUCAAAUUAAUUCUCAGGUUAUCUAUGUCUCUGCUCAAAUUGUAGUAAUUAUUUCUAGUUUUGCUGUCACAGGGUAAAAUACUCCUUGCUCUAUUUUAGAGUCAAAGCAGAGAAAAGGGACUAAGCACCCAAGUUUUGCUCAAUGGAAAAUGGACUCUAAAUUCCUUCUAGUACCUUUGAAAAAUCUUCUCUACGUGUAUGAUUUGUCAAAAGACUCUGAAUUCUGAACUGGCAGCUGCUGAAGCUAAGAGCCAUGCUGCAUAGAUAAAAUAAAUUUUAGUCACCAUGUCUUUAGUUAUUCGGCCUGGAAGGCUGACAGAUGCCAGCUUCAAAUGCAUGGCAUUUCCUGCAGAGUCACAUGUCAAAGUCAAAUUUAAGGUUCAGAAAUGCAUUUGGUUGCUAUGUGGAAAUGAUGGCCAUUCCUGGAUUAAUGGUUUUGAAUAAGCAAAUGGUAAGGUAAGAAAAGGAGAAAAAAAACCCCAAGCAACUGAAGUUUGUGUUUCACGCUUCUUCAAGUGACUUGGCCAAGUGUGGCUAAAUUCCCUUUUAAAAUCAAGUGACCAUGGUGCAUCUCCCAGGGUGCUGCAGUAUGAAUGCUAAAAGGAUUAAAACUAGUUAGGUCACAGAGCUUUAUUUUUUGCUCUUUUAAGGGAUAUGUUAUAUCUGAGAUCUUACACUCCUUCUUUACAUAGAUAUGAGUACAUGGCAGGAAAUUAUAUAAUUUAACCUGCCUCAUGAAGUAAAAUACUUUUUUCUGUUCUGUUUUGGAGCCAAAUACACAAAAAAUGGUGGUUUCUUCAGUUCUUUUCUGCUGAAUACUUUUUAAUUAAAGAGUAAUAACAUUAAAGAACGUUACAAAUCAAUACCACGAUAAUAUAAAUAUGUAAAUGAAAACAGCUUUGUUGUAGCUGCUUGAGUAGGAGCAGUCUAUCCACACACCCUCCUUUCUGAACAUUGCAGCACUAUUUGAAAAGAAAAUUAGGAGGCUAUUUUGAUAUUUGUUGCUGUGCAAUUCUCAAAGGUGUAACGAAGUACCCAAUCCAGACAGAAGGGGAAUAAAUGAACAGGAUAAAUAAUAAAUCACCACUAAUAGUAACCAGCUCACUAGAUUUUAAAAAUGAGUUAAUGAUUUUAAAUUUUAUUAACAGAUCUAAAAUCUUUUAAAAUGCAUUUCAAGAAAGCUGCAGGCCUUUAAGACCAUUCUCCGAAGAUGUGUGAGCACUCUGGAGACAAAGAAAAGCUUCCUGCAGAAAGUUCAGUGCAGUGUUUACAGCCAGGCAAGCCUGCCUCUUUCUGUUUAAAAAGAAUGGACAUUAAACAUCAGAAUGAGGGAUUAUAGUCUGAUCCAGAUCAUAAUUUCCAAGAUGAUUUUGUAUCUCUUGAAACUCCUGCCUCUCCUGGAAGCCUCUCAGACAUCUUGUCCCAGUAUGAGCCCAGCUCACUCAGAGCUCAGACAGGCAGGCCCAGCGUUGUUGCUGGGCCCAUUCAGAACUCUACCUCAGCAUCCUUUUGCUCACAGCCCUGGCGUGCUGUUAACACCAAGGACAAAAGCCAUGUGCAAGUAAUUAUUUUUGAAAUCGAAUACAUCUGAGUUCCAUGGUGUAAAACCCACUGACAUGCAAUAACCCCAAGGUCACUUCAGCAACAGAUGUUACAGAUGGAAAACAACCCUGUGAGUAGUUUAGCUCAUUUUCCUGUUGUUGCAGGUAUCUUUUUGCCGAUCAGUAGGUUUGCUAAGGCACUGCCCAAUUGUGAAUAUCUCAGUGAGAACUAGCAGAAGUCUUUGGGCAGCUGCUCUUCACUCCAUCUGAUAUACCAGAUUAGAGAAGUCUAAACUAUUUAUCAAUUCUGUCCUGUCAUCUCUGUGCUUGUUAUCACUUAAUUUUGCCUUCUACAAUCUUGCAUUGGGUUUUGUAAUUUUCUGUGCAAGUAACAGCCCUUUUUUAGAGGUUUUUUGCUCUCCACUAACAAACUACUGUUUUGCACAACAGCUCAUCAUUUUUAGCAUAAGAGGUUGCUUUUAGGUCCCAUUCAUCUUGGCCUUUCUUCCUUAUUUUCAGCCUUUGGACAAAAAAUAUCUUCCAGCAAAGUUAGUAGUGAAAAUUAUUCAAGUUGCAUUAACACAUACUUCAUAAUCUUUCUGCCUUUACAGCUUCUUCUGGUAAUAGAAAUAAAUUACAGCUGCUAGAAAACAGUGUUAUUCUUUCUCUAUUUGAGUUGGGGGAAAGUGAUUCAUUUUCUCUUUUUCUUAGCAAAAGAGGACAGUCUGUUCAGUGAAGCAAAAGUUAUUAGAGCUAAAAUUAACAGGAGGAAGUACAAUCCAUAAUUAAGCCAGGUUACUCACUGCCACAGAUGCAAUAUGAAUACUAUUCCAACUGUAUUUGCAUGACAGGAAAAUGGGGACAUCACUCAGUUUUUGGAAUUCCAAUUGCCACACAAACUUGUCACAGAAUCAGUAAGGGCUAUGGGACAUUGAAUUGUUUAGGUGAGAAAUGACCUCUAAGAUAACCAAGUCCAACCAUUAACCCAGCCCUGCCAUGUCCACCACUAAACCAUGUCCCUGAGUGCCACAUAUUGGUCACACACUGAGCCCUCACAGUGACAUUCGCUGGAGCACUUUGGUUACAGCCCAGCGUGGCAGCAGGGCAAGUCUCUCCUUGGCAAGGGCAGGGGCAGCCUGCACAGCCUCUCUGAGCCUCACCAGCCCUGCCUAGCCCAGAGCUGGGCAUCACUUGCAUCAUUAAGGCAGGAGCAGCAUACUUUUAAAAAAAGCUGAUAAACUUCUAGAGUGAAAAUACAGUUGCAAGGAAAAAGCAGCACUUUAACUAGGCCGAUAAAUGGGCUCUGAUUAGAAAUUAAGUGGUGCUCCCACAGAAUUCAGCUAUUUCUCGGUAAUUAGGACAUUCCUUAAUGAAGUGGACUGUGGUGUAAAGCAAGCAAUUUAGGGCUGUAUGCUUAUUUAUCUGAUUCAACUGCAUUAGCUAAAUGUCAAUGUUUCUGCCAGCAGCCUAUGCUGCAGCCAUCAGAGUGGUGACGAGCCCUGCUUCCCCAGCUACAAAGAAGGAACAGACUGGGGCGAUGGGGAGGAGACUGCUGAAGGCAUAGAAAAUGCUGUAUUUAAACAGUUGUGUUUGCUUUUCUGUUAAAAAAAAUAUCUUGAAGAUCUCCUUUCUGCCAGAACACAGGCACUUUGCAAACACUGCCAACACAAACCCUGCCAGCGGGCCAGCUGACAUCAGCUGACCAAGGACAUGAGGGGACUUUGGACAUUUUAUCCAUUCCUCCUCAGACAGACAGCCUUUUGUCCUGGCCAUCUGACCAAAACAAGUUCAUGAGUAAAAGCAGAAGCUGCCUGUGGAAGACAUGCUUAUGUCAGUGCAAUCUGAGAUACACAGCAGCAGAAGUUACACAAACCCAGCUCAAGAUCAAACCAGGUUUGCAGUAUCUCUCUCAGAUAAAAUUUAGUUUAGUAUACUGGAUACACUGUGGGAUAAAUGCAUAAGGAAACAUUAUCCCCACUGCUGCCUGGGGCUUCACCACCAGCAUUUGUGAGAAGAACCCAAUAGGAUGUGAUCUUUCAGGUAUUUCCAUUGGAGAUGGCCAGUUUGGUCUGGCCUAUACUGGUGAUGAGGAAAAACAGUCUCACGUCCCUGCCUAGAUAAAAUGAGCUGGACAAUUUCUGUACAGCUCAAGCAGGUGAUUGAUUGGACCACAAAAGUUGCUACUGAAACUGGCUCCUCAGCAGGAAGAUAAAUACUAAGGACUGAGGCUGUGGUUGCAGCAUCUUCGGAAUGAGAUCUGUGCGCUCAGGUCAGAGCAACCACAAUUCCUCUCAGACGUGGGAUAUGAAGUUCUCUUUCCCAGAGUUGUGUUAGUCAGAGCUCACAACACAGAUCUAGAAGCUGGAAGCAGGGGAGGGAAUGCAUGGGAGGCAGGUAAGUCAGGUGAUACCUGAUUGAGCACAAAGCCUUUUGGCACAAAAAUUAACAUGGCCAAAUUUUUGGAACAAAUCACAACCAGCAGAAAGAUCAACACACUGCUUUGAGUGGCUCUGCCUGUUUUCAGUCUAGCCCUGGGAGACACCCAGAUGUCUUGUUUUAUCAGGCCUCACCUUCUGGAAACUUUCUCAUGCCAGAUACUUGCAGAGCAAUCUGAGGCCAUGGGGGCAAACUCCAGUGAGCUGUACUGGCCCCACAGAAGCCCUGGGCACUUCUAUUCUGUCUUUGUACACUGAGCAAGCUAUGCAUGCUCUCCUAUGAAAGCUGAGAGAGGUGGGGCUGUUCAGCCUGGAGAAGCGAAGAGCUCCUGGGAGACCUUACGUCACCUUCCAGUAUCUGAGGGGACUUACAAGGGAGCUGGAGAGGGACUUUUUACAAGGGCAUGUAGUGACAGGAGAAGGGGGAAUGGCUUCAAAGUGACAGAGAGAAGGUUUAGAUUCCGUAUUAGGAGGAAUUUCUUUACUGCGAGGAUGGUGAGGUGCUGGAACAGGUUGCCCAGAGAAGUUGUGGAUGCCCCAUACCUGGAAGUGUUCAAGACCAGGUUGAACAGGGCUUUGAGCAGGGUUUGGUGAGCUCCAUGCUCUCUGUCUACAGCUGUGACUCAGGGCCAGUCCCUGCGGAGGAAUAGAGGCCCCAGCACCAGCACAGGCCAUGACAGCCAAGAAAGAAGCUAAAGAUUCCUCCAGGAAAUAACCUGAAGAAAUCCCACUUAAAGGUGUGAAGGCCAUAAAUCACCUUCCAAUACACAUUGGACAGUGGAGAGUCCUGGUGGAUUUGGCAUCAGCCACAGGAGAAAUCACAUCCGGAUACAGGAAAGCUGGGUGCUGCUGCAGAAAUCAGGCAUUUUCAUUUCACAUUGUCAUGGUCUAUUGAAGAACACUCACUGCAGAGUAGGACCACUCUCUGGAGCAAAGACUAAUUGGAUGGAUAAAUAACUACGGGAUUAUGUCUUCUGAUAUAAGAGAGAGACCAUUACAAAUCCAUGGACUGCAGUUUUAUCCAGGUGAUCAUAUAAACACAGCAAAUUCCCUGCUGGAACUGAGCUGGCCAACACUUAGAGAGCCCAUCUGCAGAAAACUUUGUCAGACACCUGAACAUUGCUCAGGUGCAGUUUCCAAGCCUCUGACACACUCAUUGUAUAACCAGUUCUUUUGCCCCAGUCCCUGGGAAUCAGUAAUGUGCCAUUUGGUUGGGGAGACAGUCCUGAGGGAAGAGCUGGGUGUAUGAAGCUUUCAUAAAUGGCUGAGGGGUCAAAAAGAUUUCAGGAAAAAACCUUCUCUCUUAUUCACAAGAGCAAGAGUGUUUGACAUGAGCAGAGGUUGAAGCAGUGAAGUGAAUAUUUUUUACUGCUGUUUGUGUCUUGGGAAUGGGUGUAUUUUGAAUUGAUAUACAAAUGCAUGUCUAAAACUCAUCUCCAGAGAAAGAUGCUACACAAAGUGCAGGAUUAAAGAAUGUACUGCCUUGGGCCAUGCACAAGGUGUUGCUUUGUAGUCUGUUCCAUUUUCAUCUUAAAACUCAGUUUAGCUAAAUAAAAUGCCCUUUUAACAUCUGACAGCGGCUUUAUUAUGUUUAAGGAGACAAGUUUCUUAAGAGGUUGUAAAGACAAAGUGAGCAGUAACAGAAGUGUUGAGUGGGACUCUUUCAGACGCCUUUAUUGCCUUCCCCUGAGUACAAACCAGGCUGCCUCCCUCAGCUGACACUGGUUUCAACGAGGGAUGAGCCACAACGGAGUGAUUUUGUACAAGUUCAUUACAUGGCAUCCUCCAGCCAGACGGUCCUCAGGGCACACCAUUCAGCCUGGGCACUGGAUGAAGCUGGACCAAUUUCAAAUCAUUUACAGAGACAUAUAAAAUCCAAAGGGCCUUUGAUGCUGAAGACAUUUGUAUGUAGGCUCAGGUAUGUGGCUGCUGGAGAGGAUGAGAAUCUGCCCCAAGUGCUGUGCUCCUUCAUGCUUUUAUCAAUCACAUUUUAUGUCUUCAAUUCUCCUGGGAUUGGUGCCAGAAAUAGAUUUCCGCAUCUUGUGCCAGCAAAGGCCAGGGAAGAAAAGGGUGUAAGUUUCGAGUUUAAAUGUUACAAGGUAAACAUCCAGCCUUCCCCACCCCAGCCUUCAGGUCAGCUUCACUCUCCAGAGCCAGCACCCUAUCGUGGCUGUUAAUAGCAUUCAAAAUACUGCUACUCUUCAUCCAUGUUGGGAAAGAGUGCAGUGGUUUCCCAUGUUCACUGAGAAGUGAUCUGCCUUUACAUAAAGCCUUCUUCUUUUAAGCAUUAUUAUUUUGAAACCCACAGGAAUCCAUAAAGAGGGAUGGGACAUUUUUCUAAAAUGUCACACCCGUACAUCUUCCACCUUCUAUGAUUCAGAAGCAGCAUAAAAGGCCAUAAAUCAUUCAACUGCUGUGAUUCACUGCCCUGAUUCAUACACUUGAUACAAAUACUCAGAGAUCAAAGUGGAACCUAACACCCCCCACCAAAGAUUUAAAUGAUUUUUCAGUGCUUGCCAUAAAGAUGGACUUCCAGCUAAAGCUAAAGCUUCUCCUGAUUGAUAUUGGCUGUUUUAGGUACAAGUUCUCUGCAGUAAAGAUUGAUGCAUCCUUUAAGAAUCAUAUGGCAUAGUACAUUAAGCAAUGUAUUCUGCAGGUGUGCCACCUCCCUAGCGAGGCUGAACAGGGAACACUGAUUGCUCAGGGGGCUUCUGGGCAAAUAUUUACAGGGAAUUAAAAAACAAUGGAAAUUUCUUCCCCAUGGAGGAAUCUGAGAGCCCCUAAACCUUCUUGUAUUAACUUUGCAGUGGAUGAAGGUGUUAAACUGGCAUGUGUCUACCAACAGGGGAGUGAUCCUUUUAAGUCCUUUGCUUCGUCCCCACUUGUGAAAUUUGUUGUGCCAGUGGGACGAGGCUGGCUAUAAAACCCCGGCACUGGGGACCUCCAUCCAGCUCGGGCAGCCUGCCAGCACAUCUCUGCCGAGAGCAGCCCCAGGGAGAUCCCCCCCUUCAUCUCUGCCGGGCAGGGAACUGCUUCGCUGACAGAGGAGGAUGGACCUGAGGUGUGCCGGGAUGCUCUUCAUGCUCUGCCUCGUCCUCACGGUCCAAGGCUUUACCCAGGAAGGGUUCAAGGAGGUGGUGCUGAAGCAGCUGGGGCUGUCUGAGGUCCCUAAACUUCAUAAGAGAGACUUGGUGGAUCUGGUUAUCCCAGAGCACGUCAAGAACAAGUACAUGUCCAUGCUGAAGCGCCAGAGGGUGAAGCGCCGAGCUCUGCCGAGCCUGGCUGGCAUCCUCAGGGCGAUCCCGGGACACACAGGUAUGACAGGAGAAGUCCUCUACUCCGACACAAUCACGCGCCAGAAGCUGAUGUUUGACAUGGAGGGCAGAAUACCUAAAAACAGCGAAGUCACAAUGGCUGAACUGAAACUCUUCCAAAAGCCUCUGGACAGAGCAAACCUGCCUGCCAAGCAGUCUCACAGGCCCAUCUCCAACGCCAGAGUCAGCGUGUACUGGGUGCACGAUGGUACCAACAGGACCUCCCUGAUAGAUUCCAGGCUGGUUCCUAUAUAUGAGUCGGGCUGGAAGAGCUUUGAUGUGACCCAGGCCGUGCAUUACUGGCUGCGAAACAAGAGGCGGGAGCCGAUGUUCCUGGAGGUGUGGAUCGAAGGGGAAAGGGUGGGCAGCUACGCCUCGGAAAUGGCCAAAGCCGUGCGCUUCACCUCACAGGACCCCAAGGAUAAAGCCCUAGGCAAGCCUGAGCUGGUGCUUUACACCCUCUACUUGGAUGACUAUGGGAGCCCUGGGGACUGCAGGGAGGAGGCGCUGAUGGGGAAAUCCACCUGCUGCCGGCAGAAACAUUACAUCAGCUUCCGCGAGCUGUCCUGGGCGCAGCACUGGAUCCUGGAGCCGGCGGGGUUCCAGGCGUACCGCUGCUCCGGGAGCUGCCUGCAGCCGCCCCGCGCCCUGCGCCGCCUCGGCUCCGGGCAGCGCUCCUGCGCCGCGGCCGGGAGCUCCGCGCUGCCCGUCAUCUACCUCGUCAAGAGGGGCAACAGCACCGAGAUUGAGGCGGCCGAGUUCCCCAACAUGAUCGUGGAGAGAUGCAGCUGUGUCACGGACGGCGUGGCGCUGGUGUGACAAAUGGGCGGCCUGGGGGGUCACCCACUCCCCGCAGCCCUGCCAAGAGCCACCCCGGCACCCGGCCCCCAUCCCCGCGGCCAGUGGUGAAGGCCCUGGGGGGUUCCUGCCUGCAAGGGUCAGCAGCAGCUGGGGCUGGGGCUCCCCUGCGCCCUGCUGCCCUGCAGAGAGGGUGCACUUAGAGGCACUGUCCGUGUAGAUGGGCUCAGAGGGGCGAGCAUUUCACAUAUGUGAGGGGUACCUAAGGAGCCUAGUGCUUCUCGGGGCUCCCUCCAUGACAGCUAAAUUUCACUGAAUUUAUUUCAGUCGCCACCCUGGAGUAUUGCAAACAGCUCCAGGCAAAAGAAGAGCGCCCAUCACCAGGUGAAGAACAAAUGCAUGGGCUCAGCUGUUCAUUCCUAGGCUGCUGGGUUUGGUCCUUGUCUAUCCAAGCCACGUUUAUGGUGAGCUGGAGAGCAGAAGCACUUGUAUAUGUAUAUAAUACAUGUAUAUAACACACACACACGUGUAUACAUGUACAGAGUAUAUGAAUAUAUGUGUGUAUUGUCUACAUACUGGAUGCAUACAUAUUGACUAUAUACACAUAUGUAUGUACAUAAAAUAUUGCCUAGAGCUCAAAGGAACAGAUGUAUUGAAUGCACAUAUACAUAUCUGCAUGUACAUAUAACAUUAUCUGAAAUUCAAAGGAUUAUAUUUUUGGCCCCACAGGCUUAACACAGUUUUAGGCAGGAUUUAGAGUCCUGGAAUCAACGGGAACAUUAGGACUUAGUUUUGCUUGCAUGAAUAAUAAUUUGUUUUUCUGAUUCUGUAUUACAGUUAUUUCAGUUUUGGGAUAUUUUUGAAGUUGUGUGUGCUGUCAAAAUCAAGGAAACAAUAAAAUACAAGUGUUAAAGUA